CCUUACAGGGUGAAGAUACAGGCAAUGUCACACAGCCCUCCUCAUCAUCACGACUAAAAAUUCACCUAUCUUAUACACAAUUAUUCCAGCAUUUGGGGAAAAUAAUAACCGAAUCGCACUGACUGCUGUGUAGAGCUCUGAGCUCUAGAAGGUGCUGUCCAAGGUCCUGAACUUCUCCAGCCCAGCUUCACUCUACUACAUGCUAACAGGCAGCUCCUGACACCCAGUUCCAGCACUCUUUACAUCAACGCACGACUUUGAACCAUGGAGGAGGGUUACAGAGACCGUACGGCAUUCAUUAAAGGUGCUAAGGACAUUGCAAAAGAGGUCAAAAGGCAAGCAGGUAAAAAGGUGGGCCGCCACGUGGACAAGAUGACUGACGAGUACACCAAACGCUCUUAUACCCGCUUCGAAGAGGAAGACGAUGAUGACGAUUACCCUGUGCAGGCCCAGGACGGCAGCUACUACCGCAGCAACAGCAGGGCCAACGACGACGAAGGAGCUCACAGUGACUCCACAGAAGGCCACGAUGAGGAUGAUGAGAUCUACGAGGGCGAAUACCAGGGCAUCCCCAGGAAUGACUCCGUUGAGAAGGCCGACAGACAGGUGGGCGAAGUGGGACAGUCUCAGUUCCGGGACAUGGCGCAGUACGAGGGGGAAAGGAGGAAGGACCAAGAGGAGCUAGCCCAGCAGUACGAGACCAUCCUCCAGGAGUGUGGCCACGGCCGCUUCCAGUGGACCCUGUACUUUGUGCUGGUUAUGAUUGGAGGCAUCUACGCUGCUGCCAUGGCCUGGGCCAUCAUUCCCCACUAUGGCUGGAGUUUCCAGAUGGGCUCAGCCUACCAGUUUCACAGCUGGCGAGUGUUUGUGCUGGUGUGUGCGUUCCCGGCCGUCGCCGCUAUCGCUGCGCUGACCACCAUGCCAGAGAGCCCACGCUUCUUCCUGGAGAACGGAAAACAUGAUGAAGCAUGGAUGAUUCUGAAACAGGUCCAUGACACCAACAUGAGGGCCAAGGGCUACCCAGAGAAGGUUUUCUCUGUCACCACUAUUAAGACGGUGAAACAGAUGGAUGAGUUGGUUGACAUGGGUGGAGACGCCACAGCCUGGCAUCAGCGCUGGAGGAUCAAGCUGACCAACCUCUUCCAUCAGGUGUGGGGCAACUUCCUGACAGUGUUUAAUCCAGAGUACCGGAGGAUCACCUACAUGAUGAUGGCUGUGUGGUUUUCCAUGUCCUUCAGCUACUACGGGCUGACUGUUUGGUUCCCUGACAUGAUCAAAUACCUGCAGAAACAAGAGUACUCCUCACGCACAAAGGUCUUCAUCAAAGAGAAAGUGGAGCAUGUGACCUUUAACUUCACUCUGGAGAACCAGAUCCACCGGAAUGGAGAGUACUUCAACAACAAGUUCUUGAAUCUGAAGAUGAAGUCUAUGGUAUUUGAAGACUCUCUGUUUGAGGAAUGCUACUUUGAGGAUAUCACGUCAAGCAACACCUUCUUCAAAAACUGCACCUUCAUCUCCACUCUCUUCUACAACACAGACUUGUUCAAGUACCGGCUGAUCAACAGCAAACUCAUCAACAGCACCUUUCUGCAUAACAAAGAGGGCUGUAUGCUGGAUUUCAGCGAUGAGAACAACGCCUACAUGAUCUAUUUCGUCAGCUUCCUCGGCACACUUGCCGUCCUGCCCGGGAACAUUGUGUCAGCUCUGCUCAUGGACAAGAUUGGACGUCUAAGAAUGCUGGCGGGUUCCAGUGUGAUUUCCUGUGUCAGCUGCUUCUUCCUGUCAUUUGGAAACAGUGAAUCCGCUAUGAUCGCCUUGCUCUGUCUAUUUGGGGGCAUCAGCAUUGCGUCAUGGAAUGCCCUGGAUGUGCUAACGGUAGAGCUGUACCCCUCGGACAAGAGAACUACAGCCUUCGGGUUUCUGAACGCCCUCUGUAAGUUAGCUGCAGUUUUGGGUAUAAGCAUCUUCCAGUCGUUCGUGGGCAUCACUAAAGCAGUGCCCAUCCUCUUCGCCUCGGGGGCUUUGGCAGUCGGAAGCUUCUUGGCCCUCAAGCUCCCUGAGACUCGUGGUCAGGUGCUUCAAUAGUGCAGCGUUCCAGCAUGCAGGUGGCGGCGUUUGAGUUUGACCCUGUCCGUGAGUGAGCAAUGCUGGAAGCAGCCAAAACAAAUCCCACAUUUACAGAUAUCUUCAUUCCCCAAAAUGUGCAAUUGUAUUAUUAUUUCGUUUUCAUUUGAUUUCAUUCAAAUCUACAUGCAUAGAUAUGUUCCCUGCUGAUGUUUCACUAUCUCACAGGAAGACCAUGUGUGCGUGUGUAGAAAAACUGCCAUGCUAAACACAUUCCAGCUUUGCGUUAUGGAAUGAAUGUGAAAUUUAAUUUGUGAAAUGUUCAUUUUGACUUUCCCUUUAAUCUUCAUCCAAGCCAUCACGUGAUUUGAAAACCAUCACUGAGGACCCGGGAAAUCAGUAGGUAGAUAUAUUUGAAUGGACAGUGUUGAUCUAGUGGUGCUGGUGAUGGUUAAUGUUGUUGCUUUACUCUAGUCCGUUGUGUCCCAAGAACUUAAAAAAUGUGUGAUCCCGUAAUUGUGUGCAACGUCUGCUCAAGCACUCCUCACUUUUUAAAUGUUUUAAUGCAUUAACACUGACAUCACAUUACUAUAGACAGUGGUUCGCUCAUUUUUGGUUUUACUCCAUCUGAAGAAUUCGGUUGUUCUUUCAAAAUGUCUGAUUAUUGACGGUGUUGUGCAUGAAAUGAAGUGUGACGAUUCAUAAGAAUAUGCUUGAAGAUAGUGAACAUAACCGAUGAAUGUGCUCUGUAUUAUGCUACUCUACCUAUGAUUCUUUGGACAUGAUGUAAAAUAUGAGCUAAGUGACAUGAUGGGUUAUCAUUUGUAUGAUUUAGUAUGCCAUUAUUCAUAUUUUGCAUUAUUGUUUUAUGCUAUCAACAUAGAGUUUGUGUUCCUAUUGAGAUCCACAGAGUAGCUUCAGUUGUGUCGCUUUUGAAUGUGCGCAAACAUUGAGACGAACGUUACAUUCGCCCCGUUUUCAUACAAAAAAAUCAAUUUAACACAUGCAAAAAACUAAAAAAAUAAAUAAAUAAAGCACAAUGUGAUUUGAUUAAACUGUCAAAAACAAUAGUUUUAUUUUGAUGAUUAUGUAAAUUAUGUAU